CACUGAAGAAAACCCAGGGCAAUCUUUACAUGGUUUUUAAAGACAUGUUUAAUGUUGUCAUUUCCCCCGCGGGAGCAGUGUGGACAUCCCUGGGUGAAGGAAAAGUGUCCGUGUGGCCAUACUGUCGGUGGGAUUUUUCACAAGCCUGUGAAAGGAUUUGCUGAAGUGGACACCUCCGAGGACAGAACGGAGAGAGGAUACAUCCUGGGGACUCCUGACUCCCGGAGCAGUGAAGCAGAGAGGGACCUGCCUGCUGCCUCAGUCUGCCUUGCAAGAGCGCUGCUCCAUUCCUCCAUGCUCCUGGGGACCUUUACAGACCGCCAGUCCAUUUUGAAUUUAAUGAAGAAGAAGCCAGAAGUUGCCAAAAAGUUCUUUCAGGACCACCUUGAAAAGGAUAUUGCAUUCCUAGCAGAGUCGCUUGGCAGGAAUAGAGAUGAUGCCACCAUCACGGUCCACCUGUUUCUCAGCUACCUCCUUGAAGUCACAGCAGGUAAAAAAAUGAUGGUUAAAUCUAUGCAUAAAAAGGAAGACAGAAUAGAGUGGGAAAGCUGUUUUAAAACUCUUACUCAAUCGUUUUUUCAGAGACUGAAUGAGAAACUUGCUUCUGCAAAGCAGCAGAUUGUGGAGGAAGCUCAUAGCUCCGGUAUUCUGAAAACAGCCGAUGGCCAGCGCCUGCCCUUCGGUGACCUGCCAAGCACUGGGCUGAUCGACAAGCCCUGCAUGUGGCGGUUUGAGCAGAGGAUGACCAUUCAACACCUGACUCACGUGAUUCAACAGGAAAGUGAAACAAGUCAGUUCCCUGUGCUCCUGCAGAUCCUGUCCAAG